GGUAAAGGAUUGGACUGGCCCCUAAUUGUAAAGGACUUUAACUUAAUUAAGUGGUUGGGAGCCAACUCGUUCCGUACCAGCCACUACCCCUAUGCUGAGGAGAUCCUGCAGAUGUGUGACCGUCAUGGGAUUGUGGUGAUAGAUGAGUGCCCAGGUGUUGGCAUCAAAGACAUUCGCAGUUUUGCGAAACGCCUCUCUGUCUCACCACUUGGUUGUCAUGGACGAGCUUGUGCGCCGGGACAAGAACCAUCCCUCUGUGGUCAUGUGGUCGGUAGCCAAUGAGCCCGCCUCAGAGAUGCCUCCUGCUGAAUUUUAUUUCAAGACUUUGAUAAAGCAUACCAAAGCUCUGGAUCAUACCCGACCUGUCACCUACAUCACAGACAGUAACUAUGCCAGGGACAAAGGGGCUCCCUUUGUAGAUGUUGUAUGUGUAAACAGUUACUUCUCCUGGUACCAUGAUCCAGGCCACUUGGAGGUCAUUCCUAUUCAGCUCAACGCUCAGUUUGAGAACUGGUAUGGAAAGUACAAGAAACCCAUAAUCCAGAGUGAAUAUGGAGCAGAUGCACUUCCAGGGCUUCACAUGGAUCCGCCCAUGAUGUUCACUGAGGAGUACCAGAAUGCUCUCCUGCAGAGCUACCAUGAUGUGUUUGACCAGAAGAGGAAGCAGUAUGUUAUUGGUGAACUCAUCUGGAACUUUGCAGACUUCAUGACUGCACAAGCAAUCCAUCGUGUGGUGGGGAACAAGAAGGGUAUUUUUACCAGGCAAAGGCAGCCUAAAGCAGCAGCCUUCAUCUUGAGGAGGAGGUACUGGAGACUGGCUAAUGAGACGUGGAGACUGCCUCCUUGGACUAAAUACCCCUGUUCACUCUGAAACUUUGUUGAAGAUUGAUGCAGAAGACCCAUCAAGUCCCACCAUGGUGACAUUCACCGGUGUAGGUGAUCCACUACUUGAUUCUGUGAGCACGGUAGCAGAACAGACUAAUCUUCUGCUGUCGCUUCUGAGGAUGCAGUAUGAUCAGUAGACUCCUGCUCUCACUAUUGUUCAUCUAAAGUGACCUUGGAGUCAUUUUCUAUACAUUGAGCCCUGUGCUGCUCAUUUAAAUCCAAAACCUGCUGCUAGUUCAGUCAUGGUGAUUAAGGAAUGUUUUUUUGUUUGUUUGUUUGUUGUUGUUGUUGUUUUUACAAAAAAGAAUGACCUCUAAGUUAAAAAAGGUUGUCUCUGAACCAUCUUUGAAUUAUAAGUACUUUAAAGCCUUGUAUACACUGCAAGCAAUUUGCUCAUCGCGCAUCGCUUUGAAGCUAAAGGCUCUAUGCUUUUGGACAUUCCAGAUUCAGGUUACCUAGGUGAUCCCCUUUGUAUUUACUAAAAGGUCAGAUGUCAAUCAGUGCAUUUCUUCACUCUCAUUGGUAGUUGCUUCAGUCUCUCGCCCGAAAGUUCAGAAAACAAAGUGGCUAUCACCUGUGAAAAAUAGGUGAUAGCCACUUUGUUUUUUUGUUUUUUUGCCCAAAGUCACUUGAAGUGAAUAUCGUUUACUUUCUGUGGUCUCUCAUCACCACGUCACUGCAAAUCACUUUCAGUGUGUAUGCAGCUUUACAAGUAUUAUCAGCCGUUCCAGUCACUAUGAAGUCACCCGCAUCAAAUAAAGAAUAAAAGCAAAGUUAGGCCUGUUUUACAAUAAAGAAGAGCUAGUCUUUGCUAUCUGAUUGUGGUGAUAACAUUAUUUUAUUUCUGUUUUAUUUUUGCUUCAAAAAUCUUUCAUUCAAGGCUAAGUACAGUGAAGAUGCAUCAUCGGCACUGGGACUUGUAUCGCGUAUGCCUUGCUAGCACCAGGAUGAACCCCUUUUUGCCUUCAGAACUGCUUUUACUCUGUAACAUAGAGUCAACAAGGCACUGGAAAGAUUGCUCAUCUAUGAUAAAAAUCUACCAUUCCACCACAUACCAAAGGUGCUCUAUAGACUGAGAUCUAGUAACUUUGGAGGUCAUGUGAGUAAAGUGAACUCAUUUUCAUGCUCAAGAAAACCAGUUUGAAAUUUGUGAUUUGAGCUGUGUGACAUGGCAUAGUAUCCUGCUGGCAGCAGACCUCAUAAGAUGGGUAAGACCGUGAUCCUGAAUGAUCCUGAAUGGACAUGGUCAGUAACUGUACUCAGGUUGGUUGUACCAUUUUAAACUGUGCUCAAUGGCACUCAAAGGCCAUGUCAUUAGAUACAAGGUGUCAUGUGAUACAUAAAACUGUAUAAAUGAAAAAGGUUGUACUGAAAAUGACUGUCUGGAAGAACAUUCUCUUUCUUGCAAGCAGAUUCUGAUCUUACACUGCAUGUUUAACCAGUCGGGUUAGAUUCUGGGUCAAUUGUUAUUCUCCUUUUACAAGUUUCCUUUAGCCGCUAUCAAUCUUUUUUGGGCCUUUUUAAAAAAAAAUUUAAAAAAAUCAUUUUUAUGCCAGUGACAUUCAACUGUACAGACUGUCGUUCCUAGUUUGCUGUGAUCAGACAGUCGAUUAACAUUUCUAAAUAAAGUAUCACACCAACUGCAAAGCA